AUGACAGAGGUGAUGAACACACGGGAACCGGUGAUGGAGGAAUUUGCGCUCAGCCAGACUCCUGAGGAAGAAGGAAGCCCUUCAAGCCAGGCCUUCCCAGACUCACGUGAGAAGUAUCCCAAGCUGUCCAAAAGACUGCCAUCCAUCGUGGUGGAGCCGACCGAGUCCGGGGAGGUGGAGAGUGGGGAGCUGCGGUGGCCUCCUGAUGACCUGAAAUCAGCAGAAGACAAAGGUCUUCAUGGUGACCAAAGAGCCUGUGUCCAGCAGCAGCAGCAGCAGCAGAUGGAUCUGGAAG